GCUCUUGGGCGAUAACACACAAGUACCAUUGUUCCAAGAAGUACAGGAUGCCGUCUGGCUGAAGUGGACUGGAGUGGACAUUGAUGGACAGACUUACUUGGACCUGUUAACACUCAACGAGCCAGAGACACCACAGUGGACAUGGGCUGUCUGGGAGGGAAAACGGACGAAGAACGACUGGACGAAAAAGCCAAACGAGAAGCCAACAAGAAGAUCGAGAGACAGCUGCAGAAAGAGCGACAGGCGUACAAAGCCACGCACCGACUGUUACUGCUGGGAGCGGGGGAGUCAGGUAAGAGUACCAUCGUCAAGCAGAUGAGGAUUCUUCACGUGGACGGUUUCAACGCUGAAGAGAAGCAGCAGAAGAUUCAAGACAUCAGAAAGAACGUGAAGGACGCCAUUGUGACCAUAGUGUCCGCCAUGAGUAUGUUGACGCCGCCCGUUCCUCUUGGUAACCCUGGUAACCAGUUCAGAAUUGACUACAUCAAAGGCAUCGCACCGCUAUCUGACUUUGAAUACACCGAGGACUUUUUUGAGCAUGCUCAGAAGCUCUGGGAGGACGACGGCGUGAAGGCGUGCUACGAACGCGCCAACGAGUACCAGCUGAUUGACUGUGCUCAGUACUUCCUGGAUAGGUUGGAUUCAGUCCGAAGGGCCGACUACACCCCUACCGACCAGGAUUUGCUACGCUGCAGAGUUCUAACUUCAGGGAUUUUUGAAACCCGCUUCCAAGUGGACAAGGUCAACUUUCAUAUGUUUGAUGUAGGAGGACAGAGAGACGAACGCAGGAAGUGGAUCCAGUGCUUCAAUGACGUGACGGCCAUCAUCUUUGUGGCGGCGAGCAGCAGCUACAAUAUGGUGAUCCGAGAAGAUAACUCCACCAAUCGGCUGCGGGAAUCUCUGGACCUCUUUAGAUCCAUUUGGACCAACAGGUUUCUGAAGACCAUCUCGGUUAUUUUGUUCCUCAACAAACAGGAUGUGCUUGCUGAUAAAAUAAUGGCAGGGAAAUCCAAACUGGAGGAUUAUUUCCCAGAAUACGCCAACUACACCGUUCCUCCUGAUACUGUCCCGGAUGCGGAUGAAGACGCCAGGGUCACCAGGGCCAAAUUUUUCAUCAGAGACGAAUUUCUGAGGAUCAGCACAGCAAGCGGCGACGGCAAACAUUACUGCUAUCCUCACUUCACGUGUGCGGUCGACACGGAAAACAUCCGCCGUGUCUUUAACGACUGUCGUGACAUCAUCCAGAGAAUGCAUCUGAGGCAAUACGAGCUUCUUUGAUUGGCUUAAAAUGGCCUCUCACUUCCUGGAUCAAACCAGCUAUAUACAUGUGAUUAGUGAUGAUUGUUGUGGGUUGUAAAUGCUGUCUUCCAGACUGCUGGGAGAUUACAAUGUCCAGAUAAAAGUAAAAAAAAAAAUAAAUAUAUAUAUAUGGUGCAUUAAAGAAACUAGUAAGGAUGUGUGACAUGCUUUUCUGUUUAAAAAAAAUUAGUACCCAUAACAAUUGUUGAAUAGAGCUAUUGUAGGAGUUUAAAAAGUCUUAACUUCCCAGCUGUCUUGAAUGCACCAUGCUAAGUGCGACAUCAACUGUUUCAUAUCGUAGCUUAUAAUAGGAUAUUGUACAAACUGAACUGUACUAUUAAUGGUAGACAGCAAGGUAUUUGAAUAAAAAAACGUUCUUGAUCAACUCCUACAGCACUACACCCCGAUAAAAGGCAACAUUUUAGUUAGUUUUAGUUUAGUUAGCAGUUAGAAAUUAGCCGUACACUAGCAAGACCACCAUCGGCGCUAUUGUACUUCAGUUAGCAUGACAAGCUACCUACGUGAUAUAACCCAGCAUUUAGACAUCUAUAUGCUAGCUAUUUAGUUUAUUCGUCUAUUUGUCUAACUACAAAAACAUUUAAAUGUAAAAACAACCAUAUGAAUGUACUGUGUAUGAAUGUAAUGGCCUAAUUUAUCCAGCAGAGGGAGACAAUGCCAACAAUUGUAAUUAAGGACGCCUCGUGAACUUGACCGUUUGCUCUAAUUAACAGAUCUAAGAUGUUUUUUGUGCUCAAGUAGCUAAUAAGCUAAUAAGUGAUUAUUGAUAGUUUUUUUUAAUUUUUAUACGUACAAUAUGAACUAUGAUCUGAGAUUAAAUGGUGUCGCUGUAAUUUGAUCGUUGAUAUUUUGGGAUGUUUUAUGAAGGCGUUGGCAGGCUCUGAUAUGACGCAGAUUGGCUGAAGUGGUUGUCAGUCAAUGAGUAGGGGCGGAGCUAGGUGAUGUGAGGGUUUUUUUUUUUAA